UGUUCAAUCUAGAGCCUUCUCGUUCUCCCAGACGAAUCCAGAACAGCUUGGAAAGUUUGAAUUGAAUAGAUGAAGGAAUAGGUACGAUCUUUCUAGAAGCUACAGCUUCAUUCCCUUCCUCCAUUAUAAUUUAUAAAUACCUCGUGUCCUCUACCCACCUACAAAACCGUCGGAGCACAAACAUUGACAACAACAACUACACCUGCAUUCUCUGCUUGCGAAAGAGAUGUCGCUGAUUCCAAGUUUCUUUGGUGGCAGAAGGAGCGACCCUUUCUCCCUCGAAGUGUGGGACCCCUUCAGGGACUUCCAGUUCCCAAGCGCUCUUUUUUCCGAGAAUUCUGCUUUCGUGAACGCCCGUGUGGAUUGGAGGGAGACACCUGAAGCGCACGUGUUGAAGGCUGAUCUGCCUGGUCUCAAGAAGGAGGAAGUGAAGGUUGAGAUCGAAGAUAACAGUGUCCUUCAGAUCAGCGGUGAGAGGAACGUUGAGAAGGAGGACAAGAACGACACGUGGCACCGUGUGGAGCGCAGUAGCGGCAAGUUCAUGAGGAGGUUCAGGCUUCCGGAGAAUGCCAAGAUGGAUGAGGUAAAGGCAUCUAUGGAGAAUGGUGUUCUCACUGUCACUGUUCCCAAAGCAGAGGUCAAGAAGCCUGAUGUUAAGUCCAUUCAGAUCACUGGUUAAGCAAAAGUAUGUAGUAUAUACUAGUUUAGAAAUCUCUUGCUUUUGAAUGUUGUAUUUUUCUUCCCGUGUGUCAUGUGAAUAGAUGGAAAUUGAACGGUGAGGUAUUCUCUGCGAGUUUUAGUUGGUCAUGUAAUGUUAAUAUAUUGAUGUUAUUUUGAAAUCAGAGAAAGAAUUGAUAAAA